AUGGCCCAGCCCGGAACCAACGGCGACGGCAGCCACCCGGACGGGCUGCCCGUGGACGAGUCCCGCCCGGCGGCCACGACCAUCGCGGCGGCGGAGGCGGAGCCCACCCACGGACCGGGGGCGCUCGCCACCCACUUCGGCGACCAUGAGCUGAGCCUGUCGUCACUAGCGAUGCAUGCCGACGACUACAUCAACAGCCACCGCGCCGUGGCGCCGGCGCUGCACGUGAGCACGACGUUCCGGUACAACAGCGACCCGGACAAGCUGCGCGCGUGGGACAACACGGACGACAACGCCCCCUACGACAGCCACAUCUACAGCCGCGACAGCGCGCCCAACACGACGCGGCUCGAGGCCAUUCUCUCGGCCCUCCUGGGCGGGCCGGCCGUGACGUACUCGUCCGGGCUGGCGGCGUUCCACGCGAUGCUCGUCUUCCUCAACCCGCGCCGCAUCGCCAUCGGCGCCGGCUACCACGGCUGCCACGGCGUCAUCGACCUGGUCGCCAAGCUCACGGGCCUGGAGAAGCUGGAGCUCGAGGACCCCGCCGACCUGGCCAAGCUGCGGCCGGGCGACGUCAUCCACGUCGAGACGCCGCUCAACCCCACGGGCGAGGCGCGCGACCUCGACUUCUACGCCGCCAAGGCCCGCGAGCUCGGCUGCUACCUCACCGUCGACGCGACGUUCGCCCCGCCGCCGCUGAUGCGCCCCUUCGACCACGGCGUCGACGUCGUCAUGCACUCGGGCACCAAGUACUUCGGCGGCCACAGCGACAUGCUGUGCGGCGUGCUGGCGGUGCACCCGGCGCGCGAGGCGCGGCACGGCUGGGUCAAGGGGCUGCUGGGCGAGCGGCUGUUCCUCGGCAGCGUCAUGGGCAGCAUGGAGGGGUGGCUCGGGGUGCGCAGCCUGCGGACGCUCGAGAUCCGCGUCGAGCGCCAGAGCGCCAGCGCGACGGCGCUCGUGGCGUGGCUGGACGGCGAGCUGCGGCAGGCACCCGGCGGCGGCGCCGGCGCCGGCGUCGUGGGCCAGACGGUCGAGAGGCUGCAGCACGCCAGCCUGCAGCCCGAGGCCAAGGUCGAGGGCUCGUGGCUGCGGAAGCAGAUGCCCCGCGGCUGGGGCCCCGUGUUCAGCAUCAUCAUGAAGGACGCCGACCAUGCCCGCCGCCUGCCCAGCAAGCUGCACCUGUUCCACCACGCCACGAGCCUGGGCGGCGUUGAGAGCCUGAUAGAGUGGCGGGCCGUCACGGACAAGAACAUCGCCAAGACGGUGCUGCGGGUGAGUAUCGGUGUUGAGAGCUGGGAGGACCUGAGGGAGGACCUGUUGCAGGGGUUGAAGGCGCUCGUGGAUGAGGGUAAAUCGGCGAAAUAG